CCGUCCACUUUUCGUGCUUCCGUCUCUUCUUUUCUUUUUCUCCUUGAUGGUCUAUGCCCACCUUUUCUCUCUCUCUCUCACCCCUUCCCCCCACAAAUCCGUGUUCCUUUGUCCCACCAACCUGACCAUGCGCAUCCCUAGAAAGAGAGAGAAACAAUAAGUUGAAAGAUAAAGAGCAGCUUGGCUAGUCUCAUUACUCGACACCAACCCCUCCUCUCUCUCUCUCUCUAUCCUUUCUUUCUUGCUUCCCCUGUGCACGGUUUUGUUGGGGUGGCUGUCCUUGCCUCCUUGCUCUGACGCUCUGAGAAUGGAGUUUCUGGGUUGAGUGAGGAACUUGUCGAGUCAUGGAUAGCAAGACAUGGCUUUGGAAGAAGAAGUCUUCAGAAAAGAACAUCGAGAAAGAGAAGGCCCUUGAGUUAGAGAGAUCCUUAGAGGACUUAAAUGAACAACUGUCAUCUGUUCGAACCGAGUCCAGUGCUAAAGAUGAUCUUUUGGCAGGGCAAGCCAAAGUGGCUGAGGAAGCAAUUGCAGGAUGGCAAAAGGCAGAAGCUGAAGCCCUUUCUUUAAAGCAACAAUUGGAUGAUGCUUUACUUCAGAAAAAAACUGCUGAAGAAAGAGUGGUUAAUAGAGACAUAGCAUUAAAACAAUGCAUGCAACAGCUUCAUGCUGUUAAGGAAGAACAGCAGUUCAUUAUUACCAAUGCUGCCUUAAAGAUAUCACGAGAGCAGGAGAAGACACGGACAUCAGAACAGAAAUUGGUUGAGACAAAUAAGAGGCUCGCUGAUUUAGUUUUGGAAAAUGGCAACCUCAAUAGAAUUCUAGAUGUCAAAGAGCAGUUGCUCAAAGAAUUGAGUGAAUCCAAAUCCAAGUCAGAAGCAAACUUCACCGAUGUAAAGUCUAGAGUUGAUUCCUCAGAGAAACUCAAUGAUUCUCUAAAGUAUGAGCUGUGCAUGCUUCAAAAGGAGCUUGAGAUUCGAAGUGAGGAGAGAGAAUUCAAUCACCGAUCAUCUAAUGCUGCUCAUAGGCAACACCUAGAGAGUGUUAAGAAGAUUGCUAAGCUAGAAACAGAGUGCCAAAGACUCCGUGUCAUGGUCAGUAAGCGGCUGCCAGGACCAACAGCUUUAGCUAAAAUGAAAAGUGAGGUUGAAAUGCUGGGUAAUAAUUCAGUUGAAACGAGGAAGAAAAAGUCAACUUCCACAAAUGAAGCCUUCAAUAUAAAGGAUAAUAUUUUUGAAGGCUCUCACAAUGCAUCAAACAAGAGCGGUGCUUCCCUUGUCGAGAGAUUACGUUCCAUUGAAUAUGAAAACAAGAUUCUCAAAGAAUCAUUGACCAAGAAAAACAGUGAACUUCAGGCAUCACACAUCAUGUUAGCACGUACUACGUCCAAGCUAUCACAGGUUGAGAAAAAAUUCGAGGAACUAUCAAAAGGGCAUGCUUGCAUUGAGCUAGCAAGAAGCAGCCCAGCAACAUAUGACUUGCCACUUUCAUCAAUUUCAGAGCAUGGUGGCAAUGAAGAUGACAUUAGCUGUGGUGAACCAUGGGCUUAUACUUUAAUUUCUGAACUGGAGCACUUCAAAGGUGGAAAACCAACCACAUCAUCAUGCAAAAGUGCUGGAAUAUCAGAGUUGAGUUUGAUGGAUGAUUUUAUUGAGAUGGAAAAAUUAGCAGUAGUUUCUGCAGACAAAUAUUUGGAAAGUUCACUCAGUACAUUGGAAAGUUCACUCAGUACAUUGGGAGAUUGUAAUUCAUGUGUGACCACUAAAGAAUCGUGUACAGGACCUGAUUUAUCAGAAGCAACAGGUAAGGAGCUUGUUCCAAUCAAGGAUCUCUCCCAUUGCAGCGAAGAAAAUAAUGAAAAUCAAGUUAGGUAUGUAUCAUUUGAAAGCCAACCUAGUUGGCUUCAGGAUAUUUUAAGGGUCAUCAUACAAAAGCAUCAUAUCACGCAAAAAAGUUUGAAUGCGAUUCUUGAUGAUGUUAGAGUUGCUUUGGGAGUUUGGAAUUAUUCUACUGAGGCAAAACACAAAGAUAGCUUAUACUGCAGUGACAAUUUACUUCAACAACCCAAACACAUUUCAUCAUAUCUGAUUGAUGGUGCAAUCAAUACAGGCAUGCUGAACGCUAAAAGCGGUAGCCAACUUCGUCAGUCAAACUUGGAAAAAUCAGUUUGCAAGCUUAUUGAAUUGGUUGAAGGAAUCAUUCAGAGAAAUAUAAAAAGUAAAAAUGGUCAACAUGUACUAUCUGGAGAUAAUGAAAGCACAUUCACACACACUAAAUCUGCAUCAGCAAAUGGAUAUGUUGCUCGUGCAUUUCUGUGGGAAAGUUCUGAACUUAAUGUGGUUUUACAGAAUUUUGUUACUGUUUGCAGUCACAUGUUGAAUGGGAAGUUUGAUCUUCAGCAGUUUACUUCUCAAGUAACUUCAACUCUGGACUGGAUUAUAAACCACUGUUUUUCGCUUCAAGAUGUUUCAGACAUGAAGGAGACUAUCAGGAAACAAUUCGACGCGGAUGAAUCAUACAGGGUUAAUGAACUAAAAGCUGUGAUUUACCCAGCCAAAAAAGUAGGUAAGAGAGAUGCAUAUGAAGAAUCCAAUAUUACUGCAGAGAGGAAAAGACCUUUAUUAUCUGCAUCAAAUGGUCUAAAUAAUUUGUCCAGAAUAGAUGAUAUUGAAUCCAAAGUGAAAGAUGAAAAUGAGCAUCUAAAAUAUGAGAAUAUGAGUAUGGAGCUUAGAAGAAAAGAUUUGGAGGAGAAGCUGAAGACAUUUAGUGAUAAGAAUGAAACACUGGUAGCUCAGCUCCGGAAAUCAGAAAAAAACAGUGCCAAUUUACAAAUAGAAUUAGCAGCACUUAGGGAGUCUAAGGGGCAAAUUGAAGACCAGAUUAUAAACCAAAAAUUGAUUAAUGAAGAUCUUGGAACACAGCUAACAGUUGCAAAGGCAGAAUUGAAUGAAGCUCGUCAAAAGUUCUCAACCCUUGAAGUUGAACUUGAAGAGAAAAGUAAUUGUUGUGAAGAAUUAGAGGCAACAUGUCUUGAACUGCAGCUUCAGUUGGAAAGUGCUUCAUCUAAGGAAACUCCAAAAUACAUCAUGCGGCAAGAAGAAAAGAAAAUCCAGGCAGAAUGUGAUAUAGUUGCAGCUUCAGAAAAGCUUACUGCUUGCCAAGAAACCAUCCUAAACCUGGGGAAACAGUUAAAAGCAUUGGCAUCACCAAGAGAUGCACCACUAUUUGAUAAGGUGACAUUGAGCCCUGCCGUAAAAUCCAAUCAUCGGCUUCAAUUGCUUGAUCAUUUGAGAGCAGAGAAUCAUGCAAAACAUGAGGAAACCAGAUCUCCUAACACGAAGGAGAUCAUAUGCACAGAAGCACCAAAGCCACCGGCUGCAGCUUCCAAGAACCACAGUGCAGGUUCUCUAUACGAACACAAGAUCCAUACGAACCACGGCCACAGAAGUUCAAUUAGAAGUAUCAUUCAGCUCUCACCAGAGAAGUCACCUGAUAUGCUUUGUGGUUUGGAAGUUUCUGACAAGCACAAAGGUGGGACUGAUCCAAGAAUGCUCUUGGUGGCACCGAAGAGACAAAAAGGAGGUGUUAGAUUUCUGAGAAAGCUUUUUCUGGGAAGGAAGAGAGAACAAUGAGAAGCUUGUCCUUCUAAUGGGUGAAGCUUCUCAACCAAAGGAACAGCUCUUAAACUUCACUGGUAGCAGAGACACAAGCAUUGGCAUGCUUUUGUUGAGCUUUUUGGUGUGCUUGUAGCAUGGUUUGGAGUGGUGUAAACAGCUAUGUUGGUUUGUGUCAUCCUGUAUGUAGUUUCCUUUUGCUUUCUUGCCCUUUGGUGUCAUGGGAAGUAAUAAUGUCAGGUUGAAUGAGAAUGUAAUCUCAGUUGCUUGAAGAUGAUGAGCUGCAGCUGUUCCCAUUGACAUCCUUCAGCUUGUUCUUUGCUGAUGAGAGGUAUCAACAUCUAAUAACAUCUGCAGAAAUUAUACAGAAAA